AUGCGCAAUUUAAUUGUCUUUGUUAACGUUUUCUGUAAUGAAGAUUCAUUUGCAGAUAAAUCAUCAGUUUCACCAACCACCGAACAGACACCGACAGAUACAACAUCAUAUUCAACUACUGAACAGAUUACUACAGACACAACAUCAGUUCCUUCUACUGACCAGAAAACUCCAGAUACAACAUCAGUUCCUUCUACUGAUCAGACAACUCCAGAUACAACACCAGUUCCUGCUACAGAACAGAUAACUCCAGAUACAACAUCAGUGUCAACUAAUGAACAGACAACUCUAGAUACAACAUCAGUUCAUACUACUGAUCAAACAACUCCAGAUAUAACAUCAGUUCCUACUACUGAUCAGACAACUCCAGAUACAACAUCAGUGACGACUACCGAUCAGACAACUCCAGAUACAACAUCAGUGACGACUACUGAUCAGACAACUCCAGAUACAACAUCAGUUCCUACUACCGAUCAGACAACUCCAUAUACAACAUCAGUUCCUACUACUGAUCAGACAACUCCAGAUACAACAUCAGUGACGACUAGUGAACAGACAACUCCAGAUUCAACAUCUGUUCCUACUAUUGAACAGACAGCCCCAUCUACAACAUCAAUUCCUACUACUGAUCAGACAACUCAAGAUAUAACAUCAGUUCCUACUACUGAUCAGACAACUCCAGAUACCACAUCAGUGACGACUACUGAUCAGAUAACUCCAGAUACAACAUUAGUUCCUACUACCGAUCAGACAACUCCAAUUACAACAUCAGUUCCUACUACUGAUCAGACAACUCCAGAUAUAACAUCAGUUCAUACUACUGAUCAGACAACUCAAGAUACAAAAUCAGUUUUUACUACUGAUCAGACAACUCCAGAUACAAUAUCAGUUCCUACUUCUGAACAGACAAUUCCAGAUACAACAUCAAUUCCUACUACUGAUCAGACAACUCCAGCUAUAACAUCAGUUCCUACUACUGAACAGACAACUCCAUAUACAACAUCAGUUCCUACUACUCAAAAGAAAACUCCAGAUACAACAUCAGUUCCUACUACUGAUCUGACAACUCCAGAUACAUCAUCAGUUCCUUCUACUGAUAAGACAACUGCAGAUACAAUAUCAGUGACAACUACUGAACAGAAAACUCCGGAUACAACAUCAGUUCCUGCUACUGAACAUCCAACUCCAGAUACAACAUCAGUUCCUACUAUUGAUCAGACAACUCCAGAUACAAUAUCAGUUACUACUACUGAUCAGACAACUCAAUAUACAACAUCAAUUCCUACUACUGAUCAGACAACUCCAGAUACAACAUCGGUGACGACUACUAAUCAGACAACUCCAUAUACAACAUCAGUUCCUACUACUGAUCAGACAACUCCAUAUACAACAUCAGUGACCACUGCUGAUUACACAACUCCAGAUAAAACAUCAGUGACGACGAUUACUGAUCAGACAACUCCAGAUACAACAUCAGUUCAUACUACUGAUCAGACAAUUUCAGAUACAACAUCAGUGACGAUAACUGAACAGACAACUCCAGAUACAACAUCAGUUCCUACUACUGAACAGACAACUCCACCUACAACAUCAAAUCCUACUACUGAUAGGACAACUUCAGAUACAACAUCAGUUCCUACUUCUGAACAGACAAUUCAAUAUACAACCUCAGUUCCUACUACUGAUCAGACAACUCCAGAUAUAACAUCAGUUCCUACUACUGAUCAGACAACUCCAGAUACAUUAUCAGUGACGACUACUGAUCAGACAACACCAGAAACAACAUCAGUUCCUACUACUGAUCAGACAACUCCAGAUACAACAUCAGUGACGACUACCGAUCAGACAACUCCAUAUACAACAUCACUGGCGACUACUGAUCAGACAUCUCCAUAUACAACAUCAGUUCCUACUACUGAUCAGACAACUCCAGAUACAACAUCAGUUCCUACUACUGAUCAGACAACUCCAGAUACAACAUCAGUGACGACUACCGAUCAGACAACUCCAUAUACAACAUCAGUGACGACUACUGAACAGACAACUCCAGAUACAACAUCAGUGACGACUACUGAACAGACAACUCCAGAUACAACAUCAAUACCUACUACUGAAUGGACAACUUCAGAUACAACAUCAGUUCCGAAUACUGAUCAGACAACUCCAGAUAUAGCAUCAGUUCCUACUACUGAUCAGACAACUCCAUAUACAACAUCAGUGACGACUACUGAUCAGACAACUCCAUAUACAACAUCAGUUCCUGCUACUGAUCAGACAACUACUGAUACAACAUCAGUGACGACUACCGAUCAGACAACUCCAUAUACAACAUCACUGACGACUACUAAUCAGACAUCUCCAUAUACAUCAUUAGUUCGUAAUACUGAUCAGACAACUCCAGAUACAACAUCAGUGACGACUACUGAACAGACAACUCCAGAUACAACAUCAGUGACGACUACUGAACAGACAACUCCAGAUACAACAUCAAUUCCUACUACUGAUUGGACAAUUUCAGGUACAAUAUCAGUUACUACUACUGAUCAGACAACUCAAUAUACAACAUCAAUUCCUACUACUGAUCAGACAACUCCAGAUACAACAUCAGUGACGACUACUGAUCAGACAACUCCAGAUACAACAUCAGUUCAUACUACUGAUCAGACAAUUCCGGAUACAACAUCAGUGACGAUAACUGAACAGACAACUCCAGAUACAACAUCAGUUCCUACUACUGAACAGACAACUCCACCUACAACAUCAAUUCCUACUACUGAUCGGACAACUUCAGAUACAGCAUCAAUUCCUUUUACGGAUAAGACAACUCUAUAUACAACAUCAUUUCCUACUACUGAUCAGACUACUCCGGAUACAACAUCAGUUCCUUCUACUGAUCAGACAACCCAAGAUACAACAUCAAUUCCUACUACUAAACAGACAACUCCAGAUACAACAUCAGUUCCUACUAUUGAUCAGACAACUCCAGAUACAACAUCAGUUCCUACUACUGAACAGACAACUCCAGAUACAACAUCAAUUUCUUCUACUGAUAGGACAACUCCAGAUACAACACCAGUUCCUACUACUGAUCAGACAACUCCAGAUACAACACCUGUGACGACUACUGAACAGACAACUCCAUAUACAACAUCAGUUCCUACUACUGAUCGGACAACUCCAGUUACAACAUCAGUUCCUACUACUGAUCAGACAACUCUAGAUACAACACCAGUUCCUACUACUGAUCAGACAACUCCAGAUACAACAUCAGUGACGACUACUGAUCUGACAAAUCCAUAUACAACAUUAGUUCCUUCUACUGAUCUGGCAACUCCAUAUACAACAUCAGUACCUACUACUGAUCAGACAACUCCAGAUACAACAUCAGUGGCGACUACUAAACAGACAACUCCAGAUACAACAUCAGUGCGAAAUACUGAAGAGACAACUCCAGAUACAACAUAUGUUGCAACUACUGAAGAUAAAUCUCCAGAUACAAUAUCAGUUCCUACUCCUGAACAGAAAACUCAAGAUACUACAUCAGACCCUUCUACUGAUCAGGCAACUCCAUAUACAACAUCAGUUCCUACUACUGACCAGACAACUCUAGAUACAACAUCAGUUCCUUCUACUGAUCAGACAACUCCAGAUACAGCAUCAAUUCCUUUUACGGAUCAAACUACUCCAUAUACAACAUCAUGUCCUACUACUGAUCAGACUACUCCGGAUACAACAUUAGUUCCUUCUACUGAUCAGACAACCCAAGAUACAACAUCAGUUCCUACUUCUGAAGAGACAACUCCAGAUACAACAUCAGUUCCUACUAUUGAUCAGACAACUCCAGAUACAACAUCAGUUCUUACUACUGAACAGACAACUCCAGAUACAACAUCAAUUUCUUCUACUGAUAGGACAACUCCAGAUACAACACCAGUUCCUACUACUGAUCAGACAACUCCAGAUACAACACCUGUGACGACUACUGAACAGACAACUCCAUAUACAACAUCAGUUCCUACUACUGAUUGGACAACUCCAGUUACAACAUCAGUUCCUACUACUGAUCAGACAACUCUAGAUACAACAUCAGUUCAUUCUACUGAUCAGACAACUCCAGAUACAACAUCAGUGACGACUACUGAUCUGACAAAUCCAUAUACAACAUCAGUUCCUACUACUGAUCGGACAACUCCAGAUACAUCAGUCCCUACUAUUGAUCAGACAACUCUAUAUACAACAUCAGUUCAUACUACUGAACAGACAACUCCAAAUACAACAUCAGUUCCUACUACUGAUCAGACAACUCAAGAUACAACAUCAGUGACGACUACUGAUCGGACAACUCCAGAUACAACAUCAGUUCUUUCUACUGAUCUGUCAACUUUAUAUACAACAUCAGUGACGACUACUGAUCUGACAAAUCCAUAUACAACAUUAGUUCCUUCUACUGAUCUGGCAACUCCAUAUACAACAUCAGUACCUACUACUGAUCAGACAACUCCAGAUACAACAUCAGUGGCGACUACUAAACAGACAACUCCAGAUACAACAUCAGUGCCAAAUACUGAAGAGACAACUCCAGAUACAACAUAUGUUCGAACUACUGAAGAUAAAUCUCCAGAUACAAUAUCAGUUCCUACUCCUGAACAGAAAACUCAAGAUACAACAUCAAUUCCUACUACUGAACAGACAACUCCAGAUACAACAUCAGUUCCUACUAUUGAUCAGACAACUCCAGAUACAACAUCAGUUCCUACUACUGAACAGACAACUCCAGAUACGACAUCAAUUUCUUCUACUGAUAGGACAACUCCAGAUACAACACCAGUUCCUACUACUGACCAGACAACUCUAGAUACAACAUCAGUUCCUUCUACUGAUCAGACAACUCCAGAUACAGCAUCAAUUCCUUUUACGGAUCAGACAACUCCAUAUACAACAUCAUUUCCUACUACUGAUCAGACUACUCCGGAUACAACAUCAGUUCCUUCUACUGAUCAGACAACUCCAGAUACAACAUCAGUUCCUUUUAUUGAUCAGACAACUCCAGAUACAACAUCAGUUCCUACUACUGAACAGACAACUCCAGAUACAACAUCAAUUUCUUCUACUGAUAGGACAACUCCAGAUACAACACCAGUUCCUACUACUGAUCAGACAACUCCAGAUACAACACCUGUGACGACUACUGAACAGACAACUCCAUAUACAACAUCAGUUCCUACUACUGAUAGGACAACUCCAGUUACAACAUCAGUUCCUACUACUGAUCAGACAACUCUAGAUACAACAUCAGUUCAUACUACUGAUCGGACAACUCCAGAUACAACAUCAGUGACGACUACUGAUCUGACAAAUCCAUAUACAACAUCAGUUCCUACUACUGAUCGGACAACUCCAGAUACAUCAGUCCCUACUACUGAUCAGACAACUCUAUAUACAACAUCAGUUCAUACUACUGAACAGACAACUCCAAAUACAACAUCAGUUCCUACUACUGAUCAGACAACUCAAGAUACAACAUCAGUGACGACUACUGAUCGGACAACUCCAGAUACAACAUCAAUUCUUUCUACUGAUCUGUCAACUCCAUAUACAACAUCAGUUUCUACUACUGAUGAGACAACUCCAGAUGCAACAUCAGUGACGACUACUGAACAGGCAAAUCCAGAUACAACAUCAGUGACGACUACUGAUCGGACAACUCCAGAUACAACAUCAGUUCCAUCUACUGAUCAGACAACUCCAGAUACAACAUCAGUGACGACUACUGAUCAGACAACUUCAGAUACAUCAUUAGUUCCUACUUCUAAUCAGACAAGUAGAAAUUCAACAUCUGAAAUUACCUUAGUAGCAACGACUGAAGAGACAACUAAAAUAUCCGCACCUACUACGCAAUUUACAAUGACAUUUACAAGUGGAACUAGUGCAAGCAAAACAAUUGAAACAACAACAUUGUCUUCAACGCAAACUAUCUCUGAAAUUCAGUCCACAAAUGCAUCUUCUGGUCCUACUCGUGAAUCAACAAGGAUGACAACUUCAACAGCCUCUGUUUCUCAAAUAACCACGAACAUACCUAUCACAACUACAGCAUUCUAUCAAAAAGAACCAGAUUUGGCUUACAGAUAG